AUGUAUCUGACCGAUAACAGUGGUGUGAUGUCCCAGACGCGCGUCUUGUCGGGCAUCUCGCUGAUUUGGGAAGAACGCGAGCUCUGGAUUGACGGGAGCAAUCCAGAUAUCCUCUACCGAGAGUCGGCCACUCGCGCGGGGGGGCCGCUACGCUACCACCGAAAGGUGGCCGCUCCGCACAACAGAGACGACCCCGUGCCGUACAAUUGGGGAAACGUCGGUAGGACGUAGGCUAUUGCUGCGGGAAGGGUACCAUGUGUGGAAGCGGCUAGUUCGUGUUUUGCACGUAGCAGCAUUUUUUUUGGGACAAGAUAAAGGUCAUAAAAAUCGUAUAGUAGAGGGUGUAGUAUUUCGUUGACGCUUGUUCAAGUAGCCUCUGCUGCAGUUCCAACUCCAUAGUAAGUAUAGUUCUAUGAGCCCGUAGUCAAAGUCAGAGUUGUAAAAUCUGUAUAAUCGGUUUUCUGACUCUUCAUAAGCAUAACAAGGGCAGCUUUCUGUCAUUCCUUGUCAAGAUGUGUCUGUAUAGGAUUUAGAUGAACAGGAAUACAAAGUGCAUCGGAGUCGGUCUUUUUCGAAGACAUUCCGAUUAUUCACUUCGUAUUCUAGUAAUCAAGACUCGCUCCUUGCUAUUUUCAGGUCGUCGGUGGUGGAGGUGUGAAUCUCCUCCGUCGUGCAAGAAAGAGCCGAUUUGAUUUCAUCUACGCAUAUUUUAUUUGGGCUAAUUCGUACUACAGCAGUUUCUGCACGCGACAGCGGUGCUUUCUCCGUUUUGAUAUACAAAAUGGUAUUACUUGACACACCUUUGUCCUCCCAAUUCAAAGUGUAAUAAGUAGAUUCUUUCUUCAAAUAAAUGCAUCCUGUUGCAGUAUAGUAUGAGCAACUCGUCCACCAUCGCUGAAGCACGAGUAUCAGGAGGCUCGGGCAUAUAAAAAAGCGUGUGUAGGGCUAGAAGCAGGGGUCGGUAGACCAAUAAGAUUCCAGUUCUACCGGGUGAAAUAAAGUUGAGUACUUGCAUGCCUAGUUUCAUCGUGGACGAGGAAAACGAAUGAAAUUGUCCCUGCAGCUGUAUGAUAAAAUUACAUCCGAAUUAGGAUAAUUCGCA